AUGUGUUUCGGAUCUAAAGAACCCCGGGCCGCCGACGACGCACCGUCUCGGCCCGUGCAGCUCCAACAAGCCAAUAACGGAAACGGUAAAACGUCUACCUACGAUGCGCCUCCAUUACGUCCUCCACAUCAGCAGCCGGCGCAGGAGCGCAACGAGUAUGCACCGCCUCCUGGCCCUCCUCCUGAGAAGGCUUCCCGUGCGGCUGCUGCGGCGCCGGACGACGUCUUUGCACCCCCGCCGGGCCCGCCGCCUGGACAGGCAUCUAGCUCGCAAGCUGGUGCUGCCGGCGAUUUUGCUCCCCCGGCCGGCCCUCCUCCAUCGUAUAUUGGCGGUGGCAGCGGCUCCGGUGACUAUGCUCCGCCGCCUGGACCACCCCCAAAAGUGCACGACUGGGAGUCGGCGGUUCCUGACAACUCGCUGCUCCCACCGCCACCCAACCUCUUCUCGGGCUGGGACCAGUCGCCCGUGAACAAUGCCACAGAAAAGCAGGCUAAGGCCGGUGCAGCAUGGUGCAACCAAUUCCCGAUCAGCACGAGCAUGAAUGUGCAGGACAAUGCGGCCACCCGGCAAGCGAUCCAAAAUGGCAACUUCGGUUUGCAAGCCCCGCCGAAUUUCGAGGGCACGCUCGUCCGCCAACCGGAUGGCUCGUGGAAGGGCGAGACCAAAAGCGACAACGAGGACAAUUGCAUAAUAAGCUUCCCUCCCGUGUACGCGGCGAACAUACACCAGCCUCAGCAGGCAGGUGAAACGUUCACGGCGUACUACGAGGUGCACAUUGCCCGUAGCAACCGCAAAGAAGUCAGCCUGGCCAUGGGCUUUACAGUGAUACCGUACCCGCACUUCCGUCUACCCGGCUGGCACCGCGGCAGUCUGGCAGUGCACGGCGACGACGGCCAUCGCUACGUCAACGACAUGUGGGGCGGCAAAGAGCUCAUUGACGAGGACUACCGGCUCAAGCCUGGCGGCAAGUACGGUAUUGGCAUGACCUUUACACGCAAAGACGUCGCCGGCGGGUACGCGCCGGCCAAAGACUUGUUCAACGUGGAGGUAUUCUUCACUGACAACGGCCGUACCGUAGCUUCGUGGGACCUACAUGAAGAGACGGACGCCCAGCAGGACCUGCCGGUGACUGGGCUCGAGGGUGACUACGAUCUGAGCGCUGCCAUUGGCUCAUUCGAUGUUGUUGACUUUGAGGUCAUCUUCAAUCCGGCACAGUGGGCGUGGAAGAGAUGA